GUCGACCACGAGCUCCUCCAAGCGGCGCGCCCGCCGCUGGUCUUCACGCUCUGCGACGCGGACGGCGAGCCAGAGGAGAGCCGCGACACCCAGCGCCGCACCCGCCGCAGCGGCGGCGUCAUCAUCUUCGUCCACUACACCGGCCUACGCUUACGAAGGAAGCUUCACAUUAUCCAGCGCGGGCGAGCGCCGCGCCUUUCAAACUCUUCCGGACAUUAAUACCACCGUCGAUCCUCCAUCGGACGGAGAUGGAGAAACCGUGAUACUGACGGAUGAAAUUGGGGGGACGACUUCUGCUCCAGCUCCAGCUGCAUCUUCGAGAAGCACUCUGCGCCGCGACCGGCUUCCCCCGGCACCGCAGAGGAUCUCCACCACAGGAGCUCAUGUUCCGUACACGACCGGCACAGAUGAACCGGCGCCAGGCACUAUUUCCGACGUGAAUUUUACGCUAGAAGAUGUUGGAAGAAGUUCGACCGAGCUAGACCUGGACGCCAUGCAUGAAGCGUUCGCCGAACACUUUGGCAUGGACGCACACGCUCAAGAAGGCCACGGAUCGUUUACCUUCACGGCGUAGUCAAGACGAAAUGAACAAGUGCUGUAUCGAUGGCUUUGAAAGUCGUUUCUCUCUACCACCCUUAUCAGAUAAUCUCUUGUCCUGUGGUUGCUGUAAGUACAGUAACCGUCCUGAUUGAAGCACUAGAGCACACCUCCUGUCUUACUCUUUCAGAAUCAGAACAUGUCAAUGUUUAUGAUCUUAUGAUCAUCUUGAUCUUUAAUUUGCCCUAGCCCAUCGCCAUCGUGUAGAAUGAAAAACCGAAAUAAAACUCAAACUCUAAACACACCGAAUCAUCAGCCUUAUUCUCUUCUUCUUUUUCUUUGACGGACUGUAUUCAAAGCCUUGAGUCACGCGAAAAACUAUAGAAAUUCCCUGGAGUGCUGUGACAUCAAGAUCAAUACUAGUGGAAUCUAUCAGCCGUAUAGAUGAAUAGAAAGUCGCUUGCUUUUUCUAAAAUUAAACUGACAUAGCCAAAUGGCAUAGGCAUUUAGAAUAUCAAUGCCAAAAAUGGAUGCACAGAUUAACCGGCGAUUACUGGACGGUUCAGAAAUUACCCCAACAAAACUCUCAUAUCUACGGCAUCUAAAUGCCGCUGACACGACAACUUUAUUUGAACGAUUUGACUUUUUGCUCUUUGUGUUUUUCAUAGAUUUCUUUUCAGAAUUAUAUUCUCCACGUCCAGUUAUUUUCACCCCGGCCAGACGAUUCGCCGUUGUUGCGCUCUGGUUGCAAGUGUUCGGACGCGUUUUUUCGUUGUUCGCGGGGAUGAAUUAUUUGAUGCAGUGUGAUGCACGCGAAGGAUCACGAGACCCGCUGUUGUACAGAAGAUCGGUGGCAGUCUUAGUCCGCAUGGUCAAGAAGAUCUCGGCCGCGAAGGGAUCCUAUAAUUACUGUGUAAAACGAGUUCUAUAUUUUUCAUGAUGAAAAGUGCAAAGAUCCGCUUUCUAUUGCUUCAUUACUUCAGCGUCUUUACAACGUCUUGCUCUUGGUAUACUUCCUUGUGGCGGCUAUCCAACAAGAUCUACUAACUACGUUUUAGUUUUUUCUUCUCGACAAACGGAUCGCAGACGCGGACGAGCAUGCUGGUUCAACAUAUUGCGACAUCAUUUUGAAAGAGUUAAGCAACGAGGACCACAGCGAUCUGAUGUCACAGUUCGUGGGGCUGCUAACAGCACGACGAUCCUACCUCGUGACUAUUCGUGUUUGGAAUGUGUUGCCGAUGAAGAUUCUGCAGCUUCCAGCUCCACUGCAGAUAGACGUAAGUACAACAAGUAGUGGGAGGUUAUUGUGACUGAAAAUAAAAGUUGUAAACCAACGUAUCUAUAGUAAUGAAUGUAUUUUCUGCUGGCCAGAAAGCGUAGCAACGCAAGGAAGUGAUGACUCGAUAAGCUGAAACAUCAUGAUCAACCUCUUCACGCUCCUGUGAGGAGAAAGACGAAUAGAUAUCGAAUACCUCACUCACAUUUCCGCCCAGAAAUCUGUGGCCCACCAUGGCGCCGAAGCGUAUCAACAAGAAGCAGCUGGAGGCUUUCCGGCACAAAUUGAAGCACGGAAAAGACAUUGCGGACGAGGAAGCGGAUUCCCCGGGAGGACCUGGACAAGCAGACGACACCUCCGGAAGGAACAGUGACAGGGAAGGAGGAAAAGACGCAGCUGAAAAAAAUUCGAAUCCGCAUCUCCUGGCAGGAGGUGUUCCACCGGCAAAGAACAAGCAAAAAGCCACAGCACGAGCAGUGGAGCGCCAAGAAAGUGAUGGCAGCAAUGCAGUACAGCAGAAACCGUCCGGCGUUGAGGAGAAGCAAAAGCAUCUUUUCGCGACUUUCCCCAAAACCCUCUGGCUGUACUUCGCGGGGCGGCACAACGAGGACUUGUGGAAAAAUCUGAAAGCCUUGUGCGCGAACGAAGUUGACACGGAUGUGGCGGAUUACGACUUUGAAAAUUUCUAUGGAAGCGUCAUGAUCGAAAUCGACAAAGUUGAAAUAAUUUCUCAUACAUAAAUUGCAAGGCAUGUUGAGGUGCCUCUCUUGCAGGGAUGGCAAGCGAAGCCGACCGCCAGCGUGGUUGGGGUCUGCGAUAGAGCUGCUAAAGCAGCAUGACAAAAGACGCCCUCUGUCCGUAAACAGCAUGACAAACCGGAUUUAGAUGGUGCCUAAAUUUGUCAUGCGCCGCUUGGAAAUUGCGCUUCCAACUGGUAUCGAUUUUAUGCAUUGCAAGUUAUUUCAACUUUGUCGAUUUCAAUCCUGACACUCCCAUAAUUUCUGCCUGUACAUUGGACACGAUGUGCAAGCGGGGGAGAACAAGCGGCCGCUGGGGUACCGCUUGUUCAAGGAGGUCACCGUCACCGUUUUGGCGUGUUCAUUUUUUGAGCAAAAAAAUUUGACUUUUACCUGAUUUCCUAUAUGUGUCCAUUUCUGUCAAAUGCUGCGGGUGCGGCAAUCCAACGACUGCAUUCCAAGCAUGUUGACCCAGCAUGCUGAAGGCCGUCCAGACAUAUCCAAGAACGGCGCUGCCGUUAUACAAGCCAAAACCGCGGCCCCAGAAGGUCCCUAGCUGGGAGGCUGUCUCCUGACACUUCAGCGACCAGAGUUCCGGCCGCGAAGGAUCGGAAUAGUGCGGCGCGUCAUGCUGAGUUGCUUCUGGGAAUCUCUUGAGACUAUCACUCCUGGACCAAAGGCCUCCGGCAAAGGGUCUCGAAAACCCAAGAAAAAACUGCGAAAUUUUGAGCAAAUUUGACGAUGACCCGGUGACAAAUCCCAGAAAUUUUGCAUUUUGCACGGUAUGGUGGACGUUUCCAAGCCAAAUUCGCGACCGGUGACAAAUCCUGAUAUUUUUACAUUUUGGGCGGUAUGGUGGACGAUUGCGCGUUGCCCAAAAUUUCUUGCAGCGCAAGAAUUUUUGGCUCGUGCGCAAUCGUCCACCAUACCCUGCAAAAUGUAAAUAAUUCGGGAUUUGUCACCGGUUCCCAUUUUGGGCUCUCAAAGUCCACCAUACCGUGCAAAAUGCAAAAUUUCCGGGAUGUGUCACCGGGUGGUCGUUAAAUUUGCUCGAAAUUUUGCUGUUUUUUCCUGGGUUGUGGAGGUCGUUUGCCGGAGGCCUUUGGCCAAGGAGUAACAAGAGCCCGACAUUCCCAGGAGCAACCCAACAUCGCAAGCCGCACCAUGCAGAAGCCCGCCCCAGCAAGGGUCGGGCCCCUACGCGCCAGAAGACAGCCUCCUCGCAACGCACCCUCCCGCGCCGCGUCUUCGGUCUGUACGGCGGCGAAGCCAUUCCGGGGCGCUUCUGGAUUGCGUUCAACUACCCGGGCCACGACCAUGCUCCAAGUGUAAUGCCUCGCAUGCCACAUUUGCAACAACUGAUCGACAUGAGCAUGCGUGGGAUACCAGGAAAAAAUCAAAUUUUUUGGGUUGAAAAAUGAACAUGGCAAAACGGUGACGGUGACAAAUUUUCGCAGAAUAUCGGGUACCGCUUGUUCAAGGAGGUGAAGAAGGAAACACGGAAUCAAGGAGGUGAAGAAGAUGAAGCCUUCGCCGAACACUUUGGCAUGGACGCACACGCUCAAGAAGGGCGCGGAUCCUUUACCUUCACGGCGUAGCUACAUCAAGACUAAAUGAACAAGUGCUGUAUCGAUGGCUUUGAAAUUCGUUUCUCUCUACCACCCUUAUGAGAUAAUCUCUUGUCCUGUGGUUGCUGUAAGUACAGUAACCGUCCUGAUUGAAGCACUAGAGCACACCUCCUGUCUUACUCUUUCAGAUCAUGUCAAUGUCUACGAUCUUAUGAUCAUCUUUAAUUUGCCCUAGCCCAACAUCGUGUAGGAUGAAAAACCGAAAUAAAACUCAAACUCUAAACGUAAACACACCGAAUCAUCAGCCUUACGUUCUUUCUCUUUUACGGACUGUAUUCAAAGCCUUGAGUCACGCGAAAAACUAUAGAAAUUCCCUGGAGUGCUGUGACAUCAAGAUCAAUACUAGUGGAAUCUAUCAGCCGUAUAGAUGAAUAGAAAGUCGCUUGCUUUUUCUAAAAUUAAACCGACAUCAUAGCUAAAUGGCAUUUAGGAUAUCAAUGUGAAAAAUGGAUGCACAGACUAACCGGCGAUUACUAGACGGUUCAGAAAUUACCCCACCGAAGCUCUCAUAUCUACGGCAUCUAAAUGCCCCUGCACUUCUGUAGUUUUUAAACUUACACACGACAACUUUAUUUGAACGAUUUGACUUUUUGCUCUUUGUUUUUCAUGAUUAUGAUUUCUUUUCAGAAUAU